UUCAGAAAGUAGACAAAAGUAAUCUCCCGCAAGGUCAGCCUAAGCAAAGUUUAAAACAACGAUUUAAAAGAGUAUCUGUGUUUCUGAAAAGUUCAGUCAAUUAUCAAAAUGGUUCGGGAACUAAAUAUGGACACACAGCGUCAGAACUUUUGGAAAGAGUCCAUCGAUAAAGAAGCUUUUGUGCGCCUGGCUUGGCAUGCGAGAUACUCGAAGGAAUGGGCUCGUGAUGCAGCCCAAGUGGCCCAAAGACCUCGCAAAGAAGGGCUAAAAAUAAACGCUCUGCACUCACUGAAACAAGAAAUGGAAGCAAAAGAGAAAGAGGAAAAGGAGAGUCGUAAAGAGGUAGAGGAAACGGCAAAGAAAGACCCGGAAUCGCUUCUUGUUGAAAUGCGUCCCGUGUCCAGAGAUACAAGGGAACUUCUCUACGAUGGCUUCAGCGCUCUUGGUGGAGGCCGCUAUGCGUAUUUACAGAAGAGGAAGCUGAAAGACCCGGAGAUAAAAUACGAAUUUCCCAUCUUAAGCUCGUGGGAAAUUGGAUGGAGACUCCAGGAUUGCGUAACCCAACACGGUGCGCCGAAAAAUGGUCGUACGAGGGUUAUUCGAGACAACUUUUUCCGACCAAACGGAAUCUUCUACACAUCAUAAACUUUCUGAUGAAACAUUAACUUUAGACGCUUGUUACUCUUUUUGGAGAUCGUUCUGGACUUCAGUGUUUUAUUCCCCUUCAGUUUUAACAGUAACUUUUGUGUAUACGCUUGCUCUGUUGGAUGUUUUUAAUUUUCAACUCUUUUUGAAGCUGGGUCACAGUUAAUUAGUUUUGCGAUGCACUCAAGGUGCGAUUAAUCGAUUUGAUUGAAAAAUAAAAAAUAUUGUGGCGGUUCCGUCUUGUUUUGACCAAAAAGUAUAGUGCAGACAAAAGUGUUUAUACUGGUUUUUU